AUUCGUUAUUUGUUUGAAGUUUGUUUACGGUGCGAGUUUGUUUUGUCCGUUGUUUGCAUUCGCGGUUAGUUUGAUCUUUAAUUUGAUUGAAAAGCGGAAUUCCAGCCAUGGUCAAAUUAAAACUGAUUGAAAAGUUUUAACACAGUUUUAGUAUUUUUAACUGUGCUCUUAUUUAUUCACUUUUUAAAAAUUAUUCGUUGAAAAAUACUGUUUAAAACAAUAAACAUGGUGCCACCAGAUCCUCCACCUGCAUCUUCUAAUUCGAAAUUAGCAAGAGACUAUGUCACACCUCAUAAAAUUUCUCUAUUAGUUCUAAUAAAGGAAUUUUGCAGUGUUAGACAACAUUCUCUGCAAAAGAGACCAUUACAGAAAAUAGAAGAAAUAUCUUGGGAACAUACUGUUAAACAAAAUAGAGAUUUUCACUCCACUAUGUUAAAAUUGAUUCAGAAUCCAGACAUGGAUUUAAAGCGUUUGAUAAACAUUAUUCAUCCUGUAAUACAUCCAAAAACUUAUCAAAUUUUCAUUGAAAGGUUACAUAAACUUAGAAAAAAUGGUAUAGCUGCAAUAAUGGAUUAUAUAGCUACUCUUGAUUCUUUAUUAGUGGAACCUGCACCUGUUCUUGCUGUCAUACAAAAGAGCAGUGUCUUAGGUUUGUUCAUCAGACAUAUGUUGUUAGCAUUUGAUAAGCUAUCUUUUAGCCUGGUUACCAAAUUAUGCCGUAAAUUCCAUACAUACUUUGAUUCUGCUUUUGUGCAGUGUUUGGAUGAGAGCAUUGAAAUACCCUGUGGAGAUUCUCCUCGGGGAGAAGAUCUAGAAGAAAGCUAUUAUGAAGAAUGUCAAGUUUUUGCAUCACAAAAGCAAGCUGAAUUUUUUAUAGCUCAACAAGCUGCUCUUCUGCAAAUAAAUGAGAGUGCUGCUCUAUCUCCAUUUGAUUUACAACAAAAAAUUAGAGAGCUUAUGAAGGGUAAUCCAGAAUUGUAUGAGGCAUGUUUCUUGAGUUACCUAAAUUCUCUAAGAGUCAAAGAAUACCGUGGUGCCAAAGAUAAUCUUUAUCAUCAUUUUGAUCGUAAUACUACUGUGCCUCAAGAAUGCAAAGCAUCUGCUACAUCUGAAGAUCUGAGUAGAAGCUCUCGAUAUGCUGCUUUGAAUCUUGCAAUAUUUCAUGCUUUAUUUUCACAUAGAGAUGAAGCUCUUGCUGCUCUGAAUGAAGCUAUAAUGGUUGCCCAGGAAGUCAAUGAUAAUAUUUGUCUUCAGUAUUCUUUAGCGUGGCUAUAUCGUCUGACUUCUGAAAAUAAAGAAAUUCUUAUUGAACGUUCUAUAGCAAAAUCAGCUGAACUUGGUCUAUGGCAUUUGUCUUCUCUUGGUCUUCAAGCCCUUACAAAACUGAAAUCUACUACACCAUCUAUGCCAUCCAGUGUUUUUGAGCUUCUUACUAAGAGUGAUAUCCAGAACUGCCAGCAUUCCAUGACAGAUAUGUUAGGUUCAGCUAUUUCAUUAAGAGCUGGCUUAUGGGGUCAUUAUGGUUUCAGCUUUUUACAGUUGCUGUUUAGUGAAAUAUUACUUUAUAUGAAGACAGCUGACCCCAUGAGAGGUGGUGUUUAUCAUAUUGGGGAAGGAAUUUGUUUAGCACUAAGAAAUUUGGCUUUGGAAUAUUCUUGCAGGGGUUUGUACACAGAGUCUUCAGGAGUAUUAGCUGUAGCCAGAGAUUUAUUUCCUAACCAUUCUGAGCACAGUCAUAUAUGGCAACUUGCUGAUUUGAUUAUUAAGUUUGAAAAAGCUUUAUACCAAGGAAAAUGGUUAAAAGCUCAACAGACUCAGAAAGGCAUAGCAAUUUUUGAUAAAGAUGAAGGACAAUUAAGAAAAGCACAACUUCUGUUUCAUCAAGGCAAUUUAGCUGAAGCUGAUGCUAUCCUAAAAGGACUCUCAGAUGGUAGUGAAAUUAAAAUAUCUCCACAUUUUUAUGUUAGAGUUCUCCUUUUGAGAAGUGAAAUGCUAUCUGCUACUCCAAAUUACGUAAUGGCUCUCUCCUUGCUUAUGACUUGUUUGGCAAAAUGUGAAACAUAUCACUUAUCUGGCUUGUUAUCCCUAACUCUGAUUCAAGUUGCUGCUUUGCAGUUAGAACUGGGUCUUCCAAAACAAGCUCUUAUUUUAUUGGAUCAAAUCUAUAUUUCAAUUCUAAUAAAUGGAAGUCUUUAUGACAAAGGCUGCUGUUGCUUUUUAUAUGCUAGAUGUUUAGCAUGUACAUCAAUGCAAAAUGAAUAUAAAAGUUCAGAGUAUUCAAAGAAAGUAAUACUUAAAGCUGUCUCAAUGAGCAACAAAGCUCUUGAAUGCUUAAAAACUAUAAAGGCUAUUCAAAAGAUGAAAAGUAUGCUUUGUUGGCAGGCAUACAUUUAUGAUUAUUUGGGCAUGAAAACAGAAAGGAAUGAUGCUGCUUUUAGGUAUAAAAAUCUUGAAGAUGAACUAACAUAGAAUUUUUUUUGUAAAAAUAUAUAUUCAUUGUUAAGAAUUAAAUAAAUUGUUUUUCUUUCUA